GGGUACAGGAGGCGGCCGUGGAGUUGUGCGCGGCGGAAGGGGACGCGGGGCGGGCUCGGGUGCGCAGAAGAAACGCUUUCUCCGCUACCUCGGCUCCCGGCACGUUUGGGACCCACGAGGCCGCCGCAUCCUGCUUUGGAACAAUGGGACUCGGCGCGCGAGGUGUUCGGGCCGCGCUGCUCCUGGGGGUGCUGCAGGUGCUGGCGCUGCCGGGGGCCGCCGCGGACAGCUCAGCUCCGGCGGAGUCUCCCAGUGUGCUUCUGCAGAACUCCAGUGCUAACUCCCUAGCAGAUAGUAUGCAUAACAACUAUACAUCUGAAUCUAACAGCAGCACCACUGUGAAACCAUCACCAACUUCAGUUUCCUUGGCCUCAAAAAAUGUGACAUAUGUCACCAUCAAACCAGUAAUGACUUCUAAAAUGGCAACACCAGGGUUCUCAACAAAUACGACUUCCACUACUUUAAAGUCAACAUCCAAAGCAACAAGUGUUUCACAGAACGUAUCCCAGAUGUCAACAUCUAUGACAACCACAACUCAAAAUAGUUUAGCGACAUCAUUAACAAUCACAGCAACCAUUCAUUUUAAUGAAAAAUCAAAAUUUGACACUGGCAGCUUUGUUGGUGGUAUUGUGUUAACACUGAGCGUUUUAUCUGUUCUUUACAUUGGUUGCAAAAUCUAUUAUUCAAGAAGAGGCAUCCGAUAUAGAACAAUGUAAGUUUUGAUUGGCUAU